UUGCAGCGACAGAUUAUCAGAGUCGUUCCAGGGAAUCGAGCGGGACAAGAGGACUCUAUUUCUGUUCCUUGUUUAUGUUUGAAUUUCAAAUAUCCAACGGUUCAAUCUCUCUCUCUCCCUCUGCUUUCGCCAUUUGUUUUUUUCUUGAUAAUCAUGCUUGGUUUUGACAUUUGGGUAUUACUUAUUUUGUCUUUUAACUCGGUCUUUUCUAGAUGUUAGUCUCUUUUUCUUCCUUUUUUCGGUUUCGAUCUUUCAUUUUUAACAAUUUCUGUUCUUUCAAUCAACUUCUUCUUCUUUAACCGCUUUGGAGUUCUGUUACUUCACUGUGUGUCUCUUUGAUUUCUCUUUUGUGUUGUUUUUCAUCGUUCGGGAGAAAAAAAACACUUUUACUUGCUUGUUCAUCCGAAGCAAAUGGGUGCUUCAGGAGGAAGAUGGAUUAAAGCUCUUAUAGGACUCAAGAAGCCCGAAAAAGACGACAAUGAAAAGGUAGGUAAUAAGAGCAAGAAAUGGAAGCUGUGGAGGAGCUCUUCAGGGGAUUUGGGGUCUUCAUGGAAGGGUUUCAAAGGGAAUCACAGAACAGCAUCAGAGUGCUCAGAUUCUUCACCAAGAACUAAUGCUUUCACGGCUGCGAUGGCCGCCGUGGUUCGAGCUCCUCCAAAGGAUUUCAGGGUUGUCCGGCAAGAAUGGGCUGCCAUCCGGAUCCAAACUGCUUUUCGUGGCUUCCUGGCCAGACGGGCAUUGAGAGCUUUGAAGGGAGUGGUGAGGCUUCAAGCUCUGGUUCGAGGUCGACAAGUGAGGAAGCAGGCCGCUGUGACACUGCGGUGCAUGCAGGCUCUUGUUCGAGUUCAGGCUAGAGUUAGAGCUCGCCGUGUAAGAAUGUCAGUAGAGGGCCAAGCUGUGCAGGAUAUGCUUAAAAAAAUACACACCAAAGAUGAUAUAUUGAAGGAAGCUGAGAAAGGAUGGUGUGAUAGUAAGGGGACACUGCAAAAUAUCAAGGCAAAGCUUCAAAUGAGACAGGAAGGUGCUUUCAAGAGAGAAAGAGCAAUAGCAUAUUCUCUUGCUCAAAAGCAAUGGAGUUCAAACCCCAAUUCAAACAGUCGAACAAAUGGCUCCAUUUCAUCCAACAAGAAUCAAGAAUUUGACAAGAAAAGCUGGGGAUGGACUUGGCUGGAACGUUGGAUGGCUGCUCGGCCAUGGGAGAGUCGAUUGAUGGAACAAUCACAUGCUGGCUGUUCAGAAACUACUCCACCCUCAAAGAGUUGUGCUGAUUUUUUUCCAGGUUCCCGCUGUAAAUCUUCAGAACCCUGCUCUGCAAAGAUAAGAAAGAACAAUGUCACCACUAGGAUUUCUGCUAAACCGCCCCAUAUUGGGCAAGCUACACGUUCUUCUUCUAGCCCAAGUUCUGAGUUUCGAUAUGAUGAGAGUUCAGCUUCAUCAUCAAUAUGCACUUCUACGACUCCAGUGUCUGGACACACCUUUUUGCCCUCUGAUAGAACAGAGGAGAGUGGUAAUUGCCGGCCAAACUAUAUGAACCUUACUGAGUCAACAAAGGCAAAGCAGAGAAUCAAUCAUGUAUCUCACAGAAUUCAAAGGCAAUCCAUGGAUGAGUUUCAGUUCCUGAAGAAAUCAGCCGCUUCAUCUAAUGGGGAUUUGAGAAGCAGUGCAGGUUCUGAUCCUUCAAUCAAUAUGUCUAAGCCUUUAUACCUGCCCUCCAGAUUGGAUAAGAGCUCAAUAAAAGUAUGAAACAAAGCAAACAGGGAGAGUUCUUGUGUGAUUAGAGCCGUAGUUUAUUAUUCUUGAAGAAGUUCAACAGCUUGUUGUGCAAUCUCAGUUCAGAAUUUCUUUGUAAAAUAUUUUGUUUAUGGAGUGGGAACUCGUUAUUUCUA